AUGACUGGGAAGUAUGGGGAAGGCAAGAAACUAUUUUUCAAAGACUUGAACCUCCAACCUGGUGUGUGCAUAAGAGUAGUGGGAUAUAUUCUACCCGAUGCCAAGCACUUUAGUGUGAGGCUGGGCAAGAAUGAUCUUAACUUUGGCUUAAACUUCAACCUACGAUUCAGUGCCUAUAGUGAUACCAACGUCAUCGUCUACAACUACUGUACUGAUGGCUAUUGGUGCCAAGAAAACAGAGAUCCUCACUUGCCCUUUGUGCCAGGGAGCAGAGGGGAGAUUUCCAUAACCUUUGAAGGGAAUAAUUUUGUUGCGAGGCUGUCUGAUGGCUAUCAAAUCAAUUACCCCAAUCACUUGGACUUCCAAACACUCAACUACUUGGAAACUACUGGUGACAUCAAGCUCAAAAUUCUGGACUUUGAAUGA